UACACCUUGUGCGAGAAGAAAUCGUGAAGUUUCAUUAUUUUGACAUAAUUCAUCCACAGAAAGCAAACCGUAAAGUUAAAUUAGCGGUAGUUUUCGAUACUAAUCAAUAUUGCAAUCACGGCGCGUCUGGAUUAGUUUGUCAGGAAGCGUGUGCGCGCAGGUUUAUUCAAUUUCCUUUAAAUAGUGCCUCGGACACCUGAAUGUUUCUUAAAUUGGAGAAGAAUUUCACAUUGUGUUACAACGAUUACUUGUAUGAACCGAUGGUAGCUACUGAACAAGAUCUGUAAUAAUGUAUGGGGCACAGAUGCUUGAAGUGACCACUUGUAACCAAGGAAGGACAAUAUUAAAUGCUCGCAGUAUUUCUCUGACUACCCAAAGAAAAUCUUUGCAAGAGGAAAACGUACUUGAUAGACAAACUCAGAAGAAAAUGAAGAAAACAGAACGGCAACUGAGAUGUUUAGCGUUUCAGAACCCUGGUCCUUUGCUGGCUGAGUUCAACCCUGAGACUAGAUUACAGACAAAGGAGAUUCACAGGAUGAAGCUAAGGCAGCUUGUCUUUGAAAACAAUGCUGUUGGGCAGAGAAAAUAUGACGGCAAUGGCAGACUGCUGCUUAAUGGCAUAGACUUAUGUGACUGCCUGGAUGAAAGCUGCCCGGGCUGUUUCUAUCCUUGCUCCAAAUGCAGCUCUUGGAAAUGUGGUUCUACAUGUCGUUGCAACCGGAAAUGGAUCUAUGAUGGAAUUGAAACUGAAGGAACUGACGUGGUGCAAAAGUUCCCUAAUUUGGACUCUAAUUGAAUUUGUACUGGUGUGAAUGUACAAUUUUUUUUCUACUAGGUGAAGCAUUUGUUUUUUUUGGUGAUGUGCAUAGGAUUUACUGUUAUAUUUAUCUCACACAAGUAAGAAUAUGAAUGUUAUUUACCUUUUGCAUCCUGAUAAAUAUUAUUGACAUGGUUAUUUCUGCUUUUCUUAGAAUUAUGGAUUGGUGUAUAUAGUGACUAUUUAAUUUUACUGAGAAGUCUAAUA